AUGUACAUACACAGAAAUACACACGCACAGACACAUGUACAUACAUACACAGAAACAUGUACACACAGACACAUGUACGUACAUACACACACACAUGUACAUGCACACAGACACAUGUACAAACACACAUACAUCUACAUACACGCAGACACAUGUACAGAUACACACAUACACAGACACAUGUACAUGCAUACACACACACACACAUGUACACAAACACACACACACACCACCCCCCCCCAUAAAAAGUUGCAGUACUUCGUUGUUCACUCACAGAGCCAGGUACUGCACUCUAGGGGAAGGCAGAGAGCACAGCACACACUCCUUCCUUUGCUUUCACUGCUCUCAGCUAUUGAGCAGUCUGACGGCUCCCAGUGCCAAUGACAGAUCCGGCCUGAGCUCCGAGCCUGCUCAGCAAGACGGCCCUGGGAGACAUAUUCGCCCCCACCAUAAUUUCCACUUGCCAUUGGCGAGCAGGUGAGUGAAAAUUUCAAGCCCUGGUUUAA